AAAUGAGAGCAUUUAACGGGGCUCCGAUACUUCUAGCAAUAUUCUACGCUGGACGUGGAAGCUCCAAACAAUUGUUGUUCAACAUGGAAACGUUCGAUUUCGGUUCCAACGAAAUCGAUUCGCGCAGUGGAGAGGCGGUGCGUUCAAAUGGGACUGUUGAGCGUAUCAAUUUGACGCUUCCAGGAACCAAAUGGUGUGGUCCGGGAAAUACUGCUGAUGAUUACGACGAUCUUGGCAAGCACGAGGAAGAGGAUAUUUGUUGCAGAGAGCAUGAUCAUUGCGAUAACAUUCCCGCUGGCGAAACGAAACAUGGACUUAAAAACGAUGACUAUUUCACAAGAUUACAUUGCAAGUGUGACAGGGACUUCCAGCAAUGUCUGAAGAAGAUCAACACUACACUAUCGAAUCGACUUGGUGGCUUCUAUUUUGCCGUACGUGAUAAAUGUUACAAGAAACAGUAUCCCAUUGUUGAUUGUGGCGAAAUGAAAAAUAUGUUGUUCUUGCGUCGUUGUGUGCGAUAUGUUCAUGACAGUUCAAAGGAGCGCCAAUGGCAGUGGUUCGAUUUGCCCUUCUACGAUGACAACAUGAUAAACGACUUUUAUUGAAGUGUUCUGUGU